UCCCCAACAGCCAUGGAUAGAUACCAGAGGGUUGAGAAACCCAAGCCCGAAUCCCCCAUCAACGAGAACGAGAUCAGAAUCACUACCCAAGGCGUUAUCAGAAACUAUAUCAGCUAUGCCACUACUCUGCUCCAGGAAAAGCGUGUAAGAGAGAUUGUCUUGAAAGCAAUGGGACAGGCUAUCAGUAAGACAGUUGCCAUUGCAGAGAUUAUAAAGAAGAGAAUUCCCCGCUUGCAUCAAGAUACUGCUAUCAGCUCAGUAAGCAUAACUGAUGUAUGGGAACCCAUUGAAGAGGGCCUUGUGCCUGUGGAGAUGACUCGCCAUGUGUCAAUGAUUUCAAUCACUUUAUCAACUAAAGAGCUUAACAAAAACUCUCCUGGCUACCAAGCACCAUAUAAUGUGGAACCAUCAAAGCCACUGCCUAAUAAUCAGCAGCCGCAACAGCCUAAACAAGCUCGCAUUCCUUAUAAUGCUGUAAAUGAAGAUUCAUAUAAUCGAGGACGAGGACGUGGUAGAGGUAGAGGGAGGGGCUGGAACAGGGGUGGAUAUGGCAACUAUCAAGGUGGAUAUGGAGGCAAUCAAAGUGGGUAUGGCGGUAAUCAAGGUGGAUAUGGGGGCAAUCAAGGUGGGUAUGGUAACUAUCAAGGUGGAUAUGGCAACUAUCAAGGAGGAUAUGGAAACUAUCAAGGUGGAUAUGGAAGUUAUCAAGAUAACGGUGGAUAUUCAAAUCGAGGCAGAGGUGGUGGGCGAGGCAGGGGUUGGGGCUAUCGUGGUGCAGGAUAUGAGAGAGGCAGGGGUGGUGGUGGUAGAGGGUAUGGCCGUGGCAGAGGACGAACAGGUGGCCGCUCAAGGGGAGGUGGCAACCAGGCAUAAGCAAGCCACAGGUGUUCUUUUUUGGGAUUUAGCUAAAUGCUUGCCUUUGUCCUGUGGGAGGUGAAUAUUAUCAGAUUACUGUUUUAAUAGCGUGAAAUAUGGGUUAAGAAAAUUUGGGCGUUGUUAAGCAGUUUAUAUUUUGCAAUGUUUUUCCAUCUUGCAUUAUAUGGAUGUGGGCAAGGUUGUUUUGUUGCAUUUAGCCAAAGUGCAAAGUGGUCAGUUUAACGAUGUAAUUCAUUUUCACCUUCUUUAUUAUUGUUGCCGAUAUUGUAUUUAGAUUUUA